AUCGGCGGCCUCUGCUGCAUUCGUGGGACACGUCAAGCCGGGCGGUGCUGGCGGGGGCUUGUGCGGAGUCCUGAAGGGUGAGGGGAUCAGGUUCCGAGAGGAAGACGCCGGUGGCGGGGCUAGACCCGGGAAGGAUAUGUGAAGCUCAGAAACCCCUCCUGCUUAGCUACUUCCCAGCAAACCAUCUGGAGGAAUGAGAGGGCUGAGUGUUAUAGAGCCUCAUUUCAGAAACAGACGUUCAGAUUCUCCUGCUAAUUCUCAUCUAUUCCUGGCAAAGUGGAUCAUUCCCACCAUAUGGGGAUAUACCACAUGGACAACAGUACCAUGCCACCGCACCAUCACAUGACCACCUCACACUCCCAUGGCGGAGGAGACAUGAUGAUGAUGAUGCCUAUGACCUUCUACUUUGACUUUAAGAAUGUGGAACUAUUGUUUUCCAGUUUGGUCAUCAAUACACCUGGAGAGAUGGCUGGAGCUUUCGUGGCAGUAUUUUUACUAGCGAUGUUCUAUGAAGGACUCAAGAUAGCCCGGGAGGGUCUGCUGCGGAAGUCUCAAGUCAGCAUUCGCUACAAUUCCAUGCCUGUCCCAGGGCCAAAUGGAACUAUCCUUAUGGAGACACACAAAACUGUUGGGCAGCAGAUGCUGAGCUUCCCUCAUCUCCUGCAGACAGUGCUGCACAUCAUCCAGGUGGUCAUCAGCUAUUUCCUCAUGCUCAUCUUCAUGACCUACAAUGGGUACCUGUGCAUCGCAGUAGCAGCGGGGGCAGGGACAGGAUACUUUCUCUUCAGCUGGAAGAAGGCAGUGGUAGUGGACAUCACAGAGCAUUGUCAUUAACAUCAGACUGCACGUGUGGCCUUACCAAUUGCAGUAGGAAAACAGCUGGAGACCAGAAGACAUGAUUCCCACUCCAAUCGUCCCCUCUUGCUCCUCUUUACACAUGCACAUAUACCUGCUGAAUAGAGGUUUAGUUGACAGUCUUUGAGGUAAAGUAGUGCUUUUUCUAAUAACUUAAAAUUCUCGUUUAUAUUGAGAAGCCACCCAUGACAUGUCCUCUCCCACAUCAUCCUGAUCCUUGUCUAAUCCAAGAAACUUCCUAGUUACGGACUUGAUUAGCUGCUCUUUUUCACUCUUCUGGUUUUUGUUUUAACAAACAAUAUGUGAAUUUUGUGGGGGGGGGGGAGCCUGGGUCAGUGAUGGACAGAGAUUAACAGGAUUGAUGGCAGUUAGGGACAUUCUUACCCAACCCAGAACUCAAAACUUCACAUUAGGAAAUAAGCUCCAGUCUUUUAACUCAAUGAGUAGGGAAAUACAUUGUGCCUUUUUCUAGGUAUGAUGUGUUACACCAAAAUAUUUGUAGUAUGUAGAGGGGUGGUUUGAAACUAAGUACAGGCUUAGAGUUUGUAGAAUAUGCAUUCUUGAGUGGCUCACUUGUCAACUUGUAUUCCCACUUAACAUUUUGAUUAGAACCAAAAAAGAGCAAUCAAUUUGAGAAGACAAAAAUAUUUUUAAAUAAAACCAUUGGCAUUUUACUUUGACUUGGUACCUUGGUUUAUCCCAACUGAACAAACAAAAGAGUUUGUAUUUUUUUUUUCCUAUUGCUGUUUUCAUGUGUGUCCCUUGAAACCAAUGACUUUUCAACUUUAGCAUGUAUCAUAAUCACCUAGAGGGCUUGUUAAAACUCUUGUUAGUGGGCCUCAACCUUAGAGCCACCAAAUUUGGCAUUUCUAAGUUCCAAGGUGAUGUUUUUCUGCUGAUGGUCAAGAGUCCUUGCUUUAAACUAGCCACAUAUCAUAGGAGGAAGGGGGCUAUCUGUUACUAAGCAUGAGACUCUGAAUUGCUGUUGGUAAGGUGGUAUGUCUGAGUGUUAUAUCACAUCUAAAUGCUGCUGGUCAAUACUUUAUCAUUCCACAAACAUUUAUUCAGCUCCAAAUGCGUGGGUGUGUACGCACAGGCAUGAGGGACUAUAGCCAAAGUACACUUAUCAGCAUGUAUUAAGUCACUAGUCCUGACUUUUAAAGAUCUGAGGUUAAAUGUUGAGAGAUCUUUGAUCUGCAGUAUAAGUCAGCCACUCAGGGGCCAGGAGGGCAAAAGUCCAGCUUUCUGUUUGGAAAGACUUAGGGUGUGAUCUGCUAAUAGCCAGAUUUUCCUGGGCCCCAAACAUCUGCUAUGCACUUUAUGCAGAUUCCUGUCCUCUUCUUGACCACCACUUACAUAGAUCACUAGUGGCCAAAACCUCUCUUCUCAUUGAAGAAUCACAUUGGAUGUUUAUUCUGUUCAAUCAUUAGUCUAUACUGCAGUCUUGCUCCCAAACUACCUCUUUAAAGUGAUUCUUCCUGUGCUGGUCUGUAGAAUCCUGCCCUCCUUGGUGCUAGAUCCAAUUGUGCCUCUCAGGGCAGAAACAAAUCUGAAGUCUUGUUUGCCUAGUGUUGUGGUUUUAAAGCCUGUACUUUCUCUGUGGGUGCUACUUAAAUAUUGGAAAACAAGGGUUGUGUACUCUGAUGGCUUUGAACAGAGAGGGUUGUAAACCUAUUGGAAGCUAAAAAUCUAAGAAAUCAACAUUCAGAGCUUUGCUUUUCUUUCAAAGAAAAGUAGUGCUGGUUCCUAGCAUUUGCACAGUGAAUGACAGGUACUGACAGAGCCCCACAUUAAGGUGCAAAGAGUCUGCUGUUAUCUCAUAAACCAAGGAAUAAUAGAACCCUAAGGAAUGAAAAACAAUCUUAGUGGUGACCCUGGUGCUCUCUAGAAAUCUCUAUAUGAGCUGCUAUAUAGAAUACCUUCUAGGGGUAAGAUUCAGAUUACAAUGGAUCAUUCACCUAACAUAUGCAAGGCCCUGGAUUUAGUCCCCAGCACCAGAAAUCUCACUUUGCACAGAUCUUCAGGGCAGAAAUAGUCACCUUGCAAAAAUAAAUUUUAGGGAUCCCUAGCCUAAUCAAAGGAUGAAUCUAGUAAAGAACAAAGUUAAAGCUUAAAUCCUAUCCUUGAGCUUUUAGAUUUAAUGAUCUCAUUGACUUGUUGAUUCCUGGCUUUGGGGUUUGUUUCCUUUUGUUUUAUCUGAAUUUCUUUCUCCCUCCGCUGGCUGUUCAUAAUCUCUAAGAAGACUGUGUCCCCACUUCCUAGGCCCCUGCUCUCCUUUUCCCUUUCUGACUUUUAUCACAAGUUUAUUAAGUCUCCCUUGGCCUCUGGAUGCCCUGGACAUUACUAUGCCAUGGUUACACUUACCAAUUAUAACUUGGUAUUUAUAAAUCUACUGGAGAUCUUAAAUAUGCUUCAAGAAGCGAUUGUCCCAGUGGAAUUUCUGUAAGGCUUGGUAAAAGACAACUGAGUACCUUCCCCGGAGUUACAGAAUCCUAGGUGCUAACUCCAGUCCACAAUGGAAGAACACUCAACACCUGAUUACCCACAAUGUGGCAUCCUUGGUAUCCACCAAAAUAGAAAUUUUCUUCUCUGCACCUAUGGUAGGGUUGGUACAGAAUUCCCUUUCAGGCUAUGGGUACCAGGCCUGGGUUCCAGUCACAAGGGGUUCCUUAUUAGGAUCAGGGGAGUAGGGCAGGGAGUACACAUUACUGUCAUUUAAUCUUGGUCCUGCUCUCUCCAGCUACUUCUUCAGAAAAUGCAUCUAAAAUGACAAAGUAUGUAUUUGAUAUGCCUUAAUCAUUGGGUCUACAAUUCAUGUUGACUGUUUUAGAGUGUAAGCUCCUGGAGAGCAGUACUGCUGUAGUUGGAGUGUUUCAAGUGUCAUGUGCUAAAGAACAAAAUAAAUAUUUUGAUUUUGUGAUUCUA